ACCAUCAUUGAUACCCUGUACCGCUCUCUGCACUCUAAUCUUGCUUCGCAUGGUGCUACCUUCCCUGCACUCGCUCCCUUUCCUUAGGCUAAUCGUGUCUGCUGGAUAUCGUAUCGGUUACGGGCAAUAGUCGAGCGGUAUGCAGAUUGAGCUGAAAAUCAUUGUCAUCAUCCUUCAGUCCGUUAGCAUUGUCUUACUCUCGGUUUUGCUUGCCACGCCUGCUCGGAAACACCCAAUCGUCAAUACCAUCAUUGUCCUUGCCAUUAUACGAGCCAUUGUGGAUGUUUUGCCCCCUUUUCUGGCUGUCAGCAACUUGUACGACAGAGCAUUAAGCCAGCAUCCGAUCACCCAACCAGCCUUAAGGCGAUUCUGCAUAGCAGAUGCAAUAAUUCUGAACUACUUGACACUUGCGAAGUCUGCGUUCGCAAUAAGCUUCACAAUUCCAUGCCUGUACUUGGCUUUGAAAUUCACAGGAGCGCACGAUCGUCUCGAUGCCGACUCAAGCCCUCAAUUCUAUCGGCGUACAGUUCUCGUACUCUGUGUUGGUCCAUUUGUAUGGGCUUCUCCCAUAGUGUUUGCUAUGAUCCCUAAGCUUAUUCACAAUACGGGCGCACUCAUUCCUGCAUUACACGGACCUACCUGCAUCGUCAGCGACAGUGAUGUUGAGAUUCUGACUCUCAUCCUCAUGCUGAUACCGCUCGCGAUAUCGGCCAUCACCUCCGGCUUACUUGGAAUUAUACUCGUCAAGCACUACAAGCUUGCGGAUUUCCGCCAUAGCAUGGAGCUUCUACAUCCGAUUCGCGUCGUCCGCUUUGCGUUGCUUAUUUCCACGAUUAUCGUGUCAACGGUGUUAUAUUCUGUUGUGCUCUCAAUGUGGGUACGAAACCGUGAUGACAAGGAAAAAUGGGGUCAUUCCUUUGAGGCAUGGUUGCUGACAAGUUCCACUUGGGAAGCGAUUUCUCCGUUAGUCUUCUUCUGCAUCUUUGCUGCGCAGGAGGUGUAUUCCAUGUGGUAUUCGUGGCUUUGUCGCCAUCUGCCAUGCUUUGGGGGCAGGCGCUCAAGCAACCAGGAGACCUCUUGUCUCAGAAAACCCAGACGAUCUCACGCUUCUCGACGACCAUCUCGCGCUUUCACAUGGCUCCUCGAGCCCCGCGGCCACAACAGCAGAGCACAUGACACCCGCGAUACCUAUGGUCAAGAGAACCUUACGUGCGACGGUAUUCACAAAGGCGCCUGCGAACCAGCACCUCCGCCAGAUCGUUUGCAGAGGCACAUCGUCCAUUAUCCCCAGGUAGUUGGGAACAAUUGCUUACAGCUGCAACAAGAAGGAUUGUCCCCGGCGCCCCGCUCUCCGAGAAGCAGGAGUCAAACUCCUCAGAAAUCACGAGUGUUUAGGACGAUACCAUCACUGUCUGCCUUGGGUAGUCGAGAGGCGGCAGGCCAUGGGCCAAGAUUGUCCCCUCCCUACCUGGACAGUCGCAGCUCGGAAGUGGACGACAGCGGAUGCCACUCGCAGAGUAGCACUCACAUAACCAGCGAGGGAUCGCGAUACGCGUCAGAUGAGACGUCCCAUAUAGUCGACCAGACCGGGACAUUUGGCCGAUGCGGAUAACCAGAUUCGAGGCAGCUCUGACUCUAUUAGUUCU